GACGCGGGAGCAGCAGCAGCGGAGGAGGAUCGCGCCGCACCCUUUCUGCUCCACCUCGAACUCACCGCGCGGAUCACUGCGCACAGGUAACAACCGCUCGAGCCACCGGAAGCGAAGGGGAAAGUGGACACAGAGGGCGUAGAGAGUGACGCAGGACGUGACCUCAGGUAGGCCCGCGACACCACAUUGUUCUCAACUCGACGCGGACUCUCGAUCUGGAUUUACUUGACAAACGAGUUCACAGCCGCACGAGAAGAUUGAAGACCAGUGGAGUCCCAAACCUCCAGUCAGUGAAGGCCUCAGACUUCAAACUGGAUCCCUCCAGUCCUCACCUGUUCAGCUGAUGGCAUGCAGAUCUCCAACCCACCUGAGAGGCCCAGCGGAGAUCUCACCAUGGACAGCCUGACAGACAACACAACAGGAUGCUACUACAACCGCACCGUCAAGUUCUUCUACGAGGAGAGCGGCAAGAACAUCAGCGACCACUGGCGUAGACGUGACUAUGUUAUUGUCACUCUGGGCAUGUCGGUCUGCUUCAUCGUCAUCUUUUCCAACCUUUUGGUCAUAGCCGCCAUUUUGAAAAACCGGCGCUUUCACUUUCCCAUCUACUACCUGUUGGGUAACCUGGCUUUGGCAGACCUCUUCUCAGGUGUCUCCUACCUCCACUUGAUGUUUCAUACUGGUCCCUGGACCAUUAAACUGUCUAAGUACCAGUGGUUUGUGCGACAGGGGCUGAUUGACACCAGCCUCACAGCUUCAGUCCUUAACCUCCUGGCCGUGGCUGUGGAGCGCCACCAAACCAUCUUCACGAUGCAGCUGCACAGUACGAUGAGCACCCGGCGUGUCUUCAUCCUCAUGCUUGGCAUCUGGCUGGUGGCCAUCAUCAUGGGCCUGAUUCCCACCAUGGGCUGGCACUGCCUGUGCGACCUGCCAAACUGCUCCACCAUGGCGCCGAUGUACAGCCGCAGCUACCUGGUGUUCUGGGCCAUUCUCAACCUGCUGACCUUCACCAUCAUGUUGGCCGUCUACACCCGGAUUUUUGUCUAUGUGAGGCACAAGAGCAAGCAGAUGUCGCAGCACACCACCCAGAUGAGGCACAGAGAGACGGUGUUCAGCUUGAUGAUGACCGUCUCCAUGAUCCUGGGCUGUUUUGUGAUCUGCUGGACGCCCGGCCUGGUGGUGCUGCUGCUCGACGGUCUGGGUUGCGACGAGUGCAAGGUGCUGCGCUACGAGAAGUACUGCCUGGUGCUGGCCGAGUGCAACUCCUUCGUCAACCCCAUCAUCUACUCCUUCAGGGACAAGGACAUGAAGAAGACCUUCAAGGAGAUCCUGUGCUGCCUGUGCUGGCGGGGCAGCAAAAAGAAGGGCCGCUCUGCAGCUCACUUUAACACCCUGGAGCACGAGAACUGUAAGUCUGGUACUGACGAGCUGAUGGAGAGGAGCAAUGGGACGUCUUUCCUCCACGAAGGCUCGAAGGACAACCCUGCCCCUUCAGAAAAAUGGAAUUAACUCAAACAACGAGAAACUUUUAACACACUCAAGCCACACUGAAAUCUAGCAGCCUGUGUAUCCUCACGUAAACAAGCCUUGAGACCUGUUUUCCCUCAGCCAGCAGGAUGUUGUCGGGGUCAAAAACUGUUUAUAUAUAUUUUUUUUUUUUUUUGUCUAAGGAAACUUGACUUGUACCCCUGCUGCCAGCAGACAACACCUGCUCUGUUUGUGCACAGGGCAAAGAAGAAUUGAUCUUAAACUUCUGAUAUCACUUGGCCAACAUGAUGCUGCAGUGUCUUUCGAAUUAUAAAGGAAGCACGUGGCUCAUUUGCCCUCCUUCAUUGACCUUCAGCAGACAUAAGGAGACAUACCGUCCAUUACUGGGCCAUUUAAACAACAUGGGGGCACAUUGAAGAGCUCAUUUCCUGUUGGGACGUAAAUGAACUUGCAGCUUCUCCUAAACAGAUGGUGGUAGAAGAAGCGACGCUAACGGCUGCUGAACAACUGGGACGUGCUGGGAGCGCGUGGAGGAAGUGACUGAAAAUGUGUCGCAAAGCAGAAAUAUCUGCACUGUUGAGUGCCGUUGAGUUAUAUGAGAAGUGGCUCAUGCCACAAAUGGCUUUAGUAAUAACCUCAUGAUGGGUUAAUGUGCAUGUGAGUUUAAGAGGAGCGCCGAGUUAAAGCUAAUGCAGUCUGCUGCAAAUCCUCCCUGCAUGAAGGGAAUGGAUGUAGUUUGUGGUGCCUUUGAACUGCAUUGUAUUAUGCAGAGAGUUGUUACUGUUAUUUCACCCUUUACUGGCUCAAUUUUUAAUCAAGAGGCAAUCUGGCAGCUCCUUAGUUAUUCAAGUAAAUGGCUCAUUACUGAUCUAAAAGCAUAAUUACUGAGUUAUGAACGUUAAUAAAGCCUUGGUUAGAAUUUAUAGUCCUGUUUUAAAGUCUUCUUGUACCUCUCAACAUAUUUUCUUUUUAUCAUUGUCUCGCUCUGUGGUUUUGCUCAGAUUUGCCGGAUGUUUGAGGUGUACGAGACUUCACAGAAUGGACACAAAUGUCCCGAUGUGCGUGUCACAAUGCACUUUUUGUGUGUGUGUGUGUGUGUUUUUAGAUUCUUUUCUUAUGAAUAUCAAAGCAAACUCUGACUUUAAUGGAGGAGAUCCUGUUUGUGCCUUAAUCCAGCAUCACUUAGGAACAUCUGCGGUUAAAAGUCAUGAACAGCUGUUUUGCAGUUCUGCACAGUCUGCCAUAAGCUGUUCCUUCCUCCAGUUUUUCCUUCUUAGUUGGAAUGUUUUGUUGUUCUUUUUUUGUCGUCUCUGUGCUGUAGUGACACAUAACAUUCAUUUGUAAAUUGUGAUGUAAAACUUUAUUUAUGGUCGCAUUGUAAUUGUAGAUAUGAUGUACAGUAUUUAGUGCACAUCAACAGAUUUGACAUCAGAGGCAACUCAAGAAGAAAAAAACUGCAUAAAGGGUAAUCAAGCUUUGUUUUUCAGUAGAGUAAUAUUCAGAAAUGUUUACGUUUUCAGAUGAAUCUUUCCUUUCCGCAAACAGGACAAGUGUGAGAUUAGCGAUAUGAAGCUUUCGGGUAAAUAUACCGCACCCGGUUUAUGUUAUCAUUGAGUAAAGCUAAUAUCGAGAUGUUUAUAGAUAUGAGCCGUUUUGACAGACGCUGUGGUUUUUGUUUCCUGUGUCUCGUUUUCAGCCGAGAUAACCUGCCCUCAGUAACUGACAGUGACUCCAUUAAAAGCUUUGAAUAUU